AUGACCGCUCGAACCUCAGCUCCCCUUCACGCUCACGAGAGCAGCAGCAGCCGCACCAUGAGCAAGAAAUGUUCCCAAACGAUCAAGUCCAUCAAAAAGUUCUCUCCCAGUCCUGCCAUGGCCAAAGGAGCCACAAACCCCUUGACACUCCACGCAGUCAAUGACGAUUUGUUUCCUCGUCUGUGGUCCUUCUUGGCAGAAAUCAUGUUGGUGGAAGGAUCGCUGUUUCCAUCCACCAAGGAAGCCAUCUCGUGGAUGGUCAACUCCAAGUACAGUGGUGCCGCCACGCCUUCUUCCAACAAUAGCAGUAACAAGAAGAACAAGAUUGUCGAUCCCUUUGAAAUGGCCAUUCACGCCGAAGCGCUCCGAUAUGCCGAACGCCUCUUGAACGAUCAAGACGAACUUGGCAGCAGCAGCAACUGGCAGAACAAUCAAACAUCGUGUCUUUCUCGCUCGGGUCGAGCCGAAGCCGCACUGGUCGUGUUGCUGUUUAGUCAUUUGAAUCGAACCACCACUGCACUUCACGGCGAACAGGGCAUCUCUACCGCCAUGGCGAACGUCUCUCCCAGUCAGUGUGAUGGCUCGUCUUCCUCCAAGAACAUGCUGAAACGCAUGAUCAGCAAGUCCCAACAACCCAAGUCCCUCAAGGCUGGUUUCACUUCUCCUCUCUUUAGCAGCACCAGCAGUGCCGCCAACCGAGGCACGUUGCCCGAGCAUUUGCGAGGUUCCGCCUUUGCCGGAGACGAUUGCGCCAUUGCCUUGGGACGGUUGGUGGCAUGGGUCGACUCGUACGAAGAGCAACUCCUGGCCAAGGGGGUCUUGACGUCGGAAAUCCUCCAGAUUCUCAAUGACGAUUCCAACGUUCCCAUGGCUCCUUUUGCGCCAGAAACAGCUCCAUGGAGCAAAAAGCUUCAGACAUUGGACGGAACACACGCACAAGAUUUGACGCAUGCCCUCUUGUUGGUAUCGUACGCCCCGGAAAGUGUCCCCGACAGUGCGGCGUGGGCGUCACUCAAUCAGACGAUUGGCAAUGACAAUGCCACGGCCAUGGUGAUUUGGUGGUCAUUGCGAUUGACAUUGCAGGGUGCGCAAGGUCUUCAUACACCAAGGCGUUCCAGUAACAGCAGCCACAAUUCGGGAUCCACUCGACGAUCCAUCGGUCAACGACAGCCCCGCAGAUCCUACUAUUAGGUUUUCCAUCAUUGCAUAGGCUCCCUCCUUCUUUCCUCUUCCUUUAAAAGAAUACAAUACAUAAUACUUGUUACACUAUUAUUAAUU